AUGGGAACCUCAGGGCAGGCAUUCUUUGCAGGGAUUCUCAAGAACAUCAAGAACCUGGACGAGCUGCGGCGUGUUCACGAUCGAAUCCAGAGCCGCCAAUGCCUCAAUCGCUUCCUGGCAAAUCUCCUGGUGCAAAUGUAUGGCAAGUGUGGGAGCCCAAGCGAGGCAAGGCAGGUGUUCGAUGCCAUCGAUCCGAAGAACGAUUUCUCGUGGAGUAUCAUGCUCGGUGCCUACACAAGCAACGGCGACAUGGACAAGGCCAAGGAGGUUUACGACACAAUGCCGGAUCGCAGCGUGGUGGCCUCAAACGCGAUGAUAACAGCAUAUGCCCAAGGUGGGCAAAUUUACAAGGCAGAGCAGCUCUUUAGGGGCCUAAAAAAGCGAGACAACGUGUCGUGGAACGCACUAAUACGAGGUUUCACACAGAAUGAUGAACUCUUUCAUGCAAAUUUAGUGUACUAUAGAAUGCCAAGGUGGUGUGCAGUGUCGUCGACGAUCAUUGUUACUGCAUUUGCCGGAAAAGGGCAUUUGCAAGCGGCAAAAGCCAUUUUUGACAGUAUGCCUGAGAAGAAUGUUGUUUCAUGGACGGCUAUGUUGACUGGCUAUGCACAAAACGGCAAGAUGGGCGAUGCUUGGAAUUGUCUGGUUGAAAUGCCUUCAAGGGAUUCUGUGUGCUGGAACGCAAUGCUCGCAGCGAGUGCCGCAACCGGAGAUUUGGAUCUCUCGAAAGCAGUGUUUGAGAGAAUGCCCUGCAGAAGCGUGGUGUCUUGGAAUUCGAUGCUGCAGGCAUGCACGGACGCGGAAGCCCACGACGAAGUGAGAAUCUUGUUCGAAUCCAUCCCGGAAAAGAGCGUUGUGUCGUGGACGACGCUGCUGGCGGUGUAUGCAAAUGCAGGAGACUACGAUCGAGCCAAAGCCACCUUCGACUCCAUCCCCGACAAGAACAUCUGCUCGUGGAACGCGAUGAUUCAGGCGUGUGCCGUGAGUGGAAAACUCUCGCAAGCAAAGGCACUGUUUGAUAGAGUUUCCGAGCCCAAGAGUGUCGUGACAUGGACGACGCUGCUGGGAGCCUAUGCUCUGGCGGGACGGGUCUUGGAUUCCAAGCUCGCGUUCGAUCGGAUGCCCGAGUGGAGCACAGUCUCCUGGAACACCCUCCUCGCUGGCUACGCUCGAAACGGAGCCACGAGCGACGCCAAGCUCACGUUCGAGCAAAUGCCCGAGAGGAAUCUCGUGUCGUGGAACGCGAUGGUGGGAGCGCUCGCCCACAGCGGCGAAUUCAGCGACGUGGCCGGCCAUCUCUUCCGGGAGAUGAUGCAGACCGGGGUGAGACCCAACGCGGUCUCCUUCGCGGCCAUUCUCGUGGCGUGCACCCACAAGGGAAGCGUGGACGACGCCCGCCACCAUAUCGUGGCGAUGCAAUCGGACCACGAGGUGGAGCCGCUGAGGGAGCACUUUUGCUGCAUGGUCGAUCUGCUGGGACGGGCCGGAAAGCUCGACGACGCCAUGGAUCUCAUCCAAACCAUGCCAUUCCUUCCAAACGACGUGGAGUGGGCUUCGCUGCUCGCGGCAUGCAAACGUUACAGCAACCGAGACCUUGCGGAACAAGCAGCAAAAGAGCUACUGGCGCUCAAGCCCCAAGAUCCUCCGUCGUAUGUCUCAGUCGCGGCUGGAGUCGUUUGA